GGACACCUUGUGUACCCACAAAAUUUCCAGAAAAGAGCGUUGACUAAUAAACAGUUGCAAUUCAUCUUAGUUUAUGACGAAAAUUUAAAACAAAACAAAAUGUUUCCGAAAAUACAGAAGGCAAUGGAGAGUGCUUCAAGUUAUUGGGAGAAAACACUGAAAGUUAAGAUGAACAGUAAGAAAGCAAUACACUUUCCAAGAGAGUGUACAGACAAAAGCCACGUGGUAAAAAUGAAAAACAACGUUCUAUCCUGUGUGAACGCUCAAUGUAAAGAAGAUACAGAAAUUAAAGGAGUGAAAAUUCCUAAUAAAUAUUUGUCGUCGUGCCAUCACCAAAUGAACAACGAAUAUAAAGAGAUUUAUUCAGAAGGCCGUGGGUUAGCUCCCAAUCAGUUAUUGAUUGUUGUGACGGGCCCAUGUAAAAUACCGAGUUACAAAAGCACACAUAUUUCUGGCCUUAUUGUUCAAACACAUUCAAGUACUGGAAGGUAA